GACAAUACCUGUUGACGCAGCGACUGAUAAAGCUCGAUCGAUACAAUUUUUCCUACUUCUACGCAGCUACGGCAUCGCUUGGCAGUCUGCUAUUUCAGUGGGACUUAUUCUCCGAGUUAUCCAGUAGGAGUUCGCGCGGUAGCGGUGUUAUUGUCUAAGGCUGAAGAACAAAAGAAGGCGUGAUGGGGAGGUUUAUCCAUGCCUCUGUCUGGGCUGUUCUUGUGUUCAUCUUAACGAUAUUGACAACAACAGAGAAAGCGCACGCAGAAAUAAGUGUGAAGAGGGGGUGUCUUCCUGUAAAGUUGAACGUGAAGGCGCUAGCGAGGCCUACCGAAAUAGUCGUCACUUGGGUACGCUUCACUCCCAGAAGAGACUGCACGACAGCUGGUGCCCGGUAUGACGUUGUGAUCAAGUGGCAACCGAAGAACGAGGAAGAGCGUCUUGCGAUACGCAGUGUGAAAGAGAAGCAUUUCGACGUUACCGGCCUGAAACCCACUACCCCAGUCACUAUAACUGCCUAUCUGAAUUAUACCGACGCAGAAGGGGAAGAGCAUACUGGACCACAGAGCAUUAUUAAGGUUUCGACAUCUGUUGACGGUCCAUCCGCACCGAGAAACCUUAAGCAGGAAACAUUAAGUCGCACAGAAGCAACGUUUGUGUGGGAGGACCCUGAAGUUCCGGGAGGUCCCUUGGAUGGAUUCGUCUAUCAAGUGUGCGAAGCAAAGGAUUGCAAUUCUGAAACGAUCUGCAAAGAGGUUCCACUUGAAACGCCGGAGAGACAUAAGCUAACUAUUAGACGUAUGGCACCCAACCGGUACUACCGGGUGAAGGUGGCUGCAUACAACAUCCUGCAGCUGAGCAGAGAGAAGAUAUACGGGGACUAUUCGAGCGCGUGCUUUAAGGCAGAACCGCCGACUACAAUUCAUCCGAGAGAUUUGCGUGCCGAAUGCAAAGCCAAUCCCAACAGCCUCACCCUGACCUGGAAACCUCCUCAUGGGAAGGGAGCCGAUAGCUACGUCGUGGAGGUAACGGGAAACACAGAGCACGCUCAGAAGAUAGAGAAGGACAUCGGCAUCAAGGAUAUUUGCAAGGGAGAGGAGUGCACAUAUUCGGUGGACGGACUCAAAGGGGGACUCACGUACGAAGUCAUACUCGUCGCUAAAGAAAAGGACAUUGGUGAUGAUUCUGCUUUCACUGAGUGCACCGUGCCCGAAUCUGCACCUCCGCCUCCGACGCAAGAUAUUAAGCUGGUCUAUGACCGUCAGGAGUGGUGGUGGGUGACCCCGAAGGAGACUCAGCAGGCAUUCCAGUUCCCUUCAGACCUCUUCAGCGAUAUCAACGGACAUGUCGAACCGGUCACGGUACUCAUAGCGCAGGACUCGAAUAUAGAUGACUGCGAGAAACCUGUUGCAUGGGAGGAAGCGAACGCCAGAGAACCAGUACCAUGCUACAUACUCUCAGAACCGUUUGCGGAUGGUGGUACCUGUAGGCAUGAAGAUGCAGUACAAAUCUGUAUCUUGGGGACGGACGAGAACUGUAAACGCAAACCUUCCUGUAACGGACCGCUGAGAGAAGGUGUCAAGUACGGGUUGAAGCUAAGGGGCAGCACAAGAGCCGGCCAAACAGAGUCGAAGCCCGUUUUCUUCACAGCCGGAAGUCCACCCAAAUCGACUACAACAGGAAGCGGCGGAAGGACAGUUGAAAGCUUGGCACUGAUUGGUGGGAUCCUCGUUCUCACGGUUUUCAUGAUAAGGCCGUAGCCGCCAUUCCAUCUCCAGGAAUACCACCUGCCAAACAUUACGUCAAAAGUCACCCGCUGGCCUGCAUAUACGCCAUCUUGUCAGCUGCUAUGAUACUUCCAGAAAACGCUGGAGAAGCUUCCAUUCACAGAUAAGACGGAGGAGUUAUCAACAUUAUUUAUUCCCACGAAAAGCGGACAGAAGGCAUCAAAUGCCUGCACCCACUAUUUUGUACAGACUUCUAGGCAAUGCUCACUGUUAGCUGGACGACCACUCAACUAAGUAGGUCAUGCGUGUGAUGUGAUGUUAUGGGAUCGAAAAAAUAAUAAUAAUAAUAAUUGUCUGUGUGGUUUAAGUUGAGUGUGGUUUCAAAGAUGUAGUUCCUCAUAGAAGGUCUCAUAGGCUCAAGUUGGUUUUGCCAUUUUUUCUGGUUUAUUAUCGAAAGCGAUUAAUUAAGAUAACAAUUAAGCGGGAGUAGUAAGUAUUUAAUUCGUGCAUUUUUAAUAAACAUUUCACAAUGAACA